UGAAGAUGACUAUACGUGUGCCGGCAGUUAUUGUUUUACAACUGAUAGGAUACACUUGUUAAAAAUCAUUUGUUGAAAACUUCAAUUUUUGGCAUCAACCAAACUUUGAUUUAAUUUUGUUUCGAUUAUUUCAACUUUACUGUUAAAUAUUAAGUUUAUUGCUGUUCAUUUAUAAACUGUCUAAGAUGCUUGACAAAAAGUGGACAGCCAAUGAAUUUUUGUGUUUUAAGCUUGAUUCUGGAGGAAGAUUUAUUAGCUGGGUUUAUUUCACAUUCUUCUGCUUAUUUCUGGUGCUAUCAGUUUUUGCAAUAGUAUUUGUUUAUGUGGAUUGCUACGCGUUUCAGCCAUUCUAUGAAAAAUACUUUGAAUCAUUCGAGUCAUGCAGUUUAAUCAAAUUAACAACAACAGUGCUUGCAGUUGGUCUAAUUAUUGUAUCCCUAUUAACAUGUGUGGUUUUUAAGAAGCUCAUCAAUGGAAUCAAUGAACGAGACCACACAAAGAUGAAAGCAGGGGUCAUGUUCUGUGCCAUUAUCAACACGUUGCUGAUUAUUAUAGAACUUUAUGGAAUGUUUGUAACUUUCUCACUUCUCGACAUUAUUGACAUUGCACUGACCAUCACUAUAUGUGUUUAUUUCUUUGUGUGUCUUCGUUCAUUGUGCGAGAAAAUUCAACGUGAAAAUGAACUGACAGAAAAAGAAGCAGAUCCAAUGAAAACAUUGGCGUAAAUUUUUG